AUGAUUCUUUUAAAUAUCCAUCGUCCUAUUUUACUUUUCUCCUAUCUUCUUAUGAUUGUUGUACCAUCGAUCAAUUCAAGCCGAUUUCAAAUACGAAAUUCUUCAUCAUUGAAAUGGAAACCAGCUCAAUACAAACAAAUUGCUAAGUAUUGUUAUAUUGAUGAUUAUCCGACAUGGUUACAACAGCAAUAUGAAUUUAUGAUAUGGUUCGAAUUGGCUAUGGCACUUAAAUUACCUAUUUAUGAAGAUAAACAAUUUCAACGUGAAUACAAACUAUAUCGUCUUCAAUAUGAAUGUUUACGUGCUGUUGAACGUUUACCGGUUUCAUUUGGUCCUGGAUGA